AUGCAUCGCCAAUCAAUUUUUAUGGCCUCUCAGGGCACUUUUGCAGAGGACGCAUUUAUCCUCCUUGAUCGAAGCUGGCAACUACAACAACCCGAUCCUAAUAGUGAAUCACUAGAGAGGGCAUUGAAUCUAUUUGUUUCUCAAAUUUUCGGUAGAACAACUCAUUCUAGAUUUGGAAUUCCUUUGAAUAUUAAUGAGGACUCUUGUUGUAAUAUUAGACAGGAAAGUCAAUUGGUUCAACUAAUCUGUAAGUCCAAGCUCAUAAUAUGGUAUGAAGCCCCUAUGACUAACAAAUAUUCAUUUGAAGCUUUGGACAAGACCUUGAGGGAUGUUUUAAGAUUGACAAAAAAUAUGAGACUUCAGACGAGUUGUCAAGAUUCAGCAUUAAGCAAUAUAAGAGAGUUCUCGGAAUGGAUACUAAACAUCGGUGAUGGUGAAAUUGGUGAUUAUAAUGAUGGAGAGGGAAUUGUAGAAAUUUCAGAUGAUCUUCUUAUCAAGGACUCAGACAAUCCCUUGGCAGAGAGGACAAUUCUUGCGCCUACAAUUGAAAUUGUGCAAACGGUGAAUGACUUUAUGCUUUCAUUAGUUGCAGGUGAAGAAUUGACUUAUUUUAGUUCCGACAGUGCAUGCAAAGCAGAUGUGAAUGUCGAUAGCCAUGAAGAUUUAUACACAAUAGAAUUCUUAAAUUUCAUUACAUCUUCCGGUCUUCCAAACUCUGAAUUAAAAUUGAAGAAGCUAAGGUUAUUGGUGGGUCACAAGGUAUUUAUUCCUCGAAUGAUGCUAUCCCCAUUAGAUUCUCGAUUGCCAUUAUUUCAGAGAAGACAGUAUUCAUUAGCUAUUUGUUUUGCCAUGACAAUAAAUAAAAGUCAAGGACAAUCACUUUCUCAUGUUGGUUUGUAUUUGUCAAGAGAAGAGCAAAUCGGGUUAGAACGAAUAUCACCCGAUCUUGAAGCAUGGGCUAGCUGA